GAAAGAUUCUUUUAUAAAUGGGCAGGGACUGGUGGCAAUGUUGGUAAAACCAUAUAUUCGAUUGGCCCUCGGCUCAAAGCAUUUUCUGAUUGGCUUCUGAAGACUAUGGUGGCAGGAAAUUUAGAAGUCAUUUUCCCAGCUGCUACUCGAGAGUAUGCUCCAUUGGUUGAGGAGCUGUGGAAGGAUGCGGCAAUUCAGGAAACUUACAAUCGGAGAAGUGAAGUAGAAAUGCUACCUAGUGUUGCAAAUUACUUUUUGGAGCGGGCUGUUGAUGUAUUAGGAACAGACUAUGAACCCUCAAAUUUGGAUAUUCUAUAUGCUGAAGGUGUUACUUCAUCAAAUGGACUUGCCUGUAUGGAUUUCUCGUUUCCCCCAUCUGCGGCUGAUGAUAACAAUGACUCUGCUGAUCAGCUUGACUCUCUGCUUAGGUAUCAACUAAUUAGAGUGCCUGCAAGGGCCUUGGAGAAACUGCAAAUGGGCUAGAGAUGUUUGAAGAUGUUGGAAUGGUUAUUUUUCUGUGUUUCCCUGAAUGAUUUUGACCAAUUUUCUGCUG